CUCCUCCUCCUCCUCUCUUCGAGCCGCUGAGUUCCACCAUGGCUCCUCACAAACACGGAGGGGGAAAAAACGCCGUGAAGAAGCCCAAGAUUGACCAAAUCCAGGCCGACCACGAGCUUUUCCUGCAGGCCUUCGAGAAGCCUACUCAAAUUUACAGAUUUCUCCGAACCAGAAACCUCAUAGCGCCCAUCUUUUUGCACAGAACUCUUACUUACAUGUCACACCGGUUAUCAAGAACAAAUGCCAAAAGGAAAACUUUUAAAGUGAAUGAUAUGUUGGCCAAAGUAGAGAAGAUGAGGGGAGAGCAGGAAUCUCCCAGUUUGACAGCUCAUCUGCAACUUACAUUUACUGGUUUCUUCCAUAAAAAUGAAAAGCCAUCUCAAAACUCAGAGAACGAACAAAACUCUGUAUCCCUGGAGGUGCUACUUGUUAAAGUCUGUCACAAAAAACGUAAGGAUGUUAGUUGCCCCAUCAAGCAAGUGCCUACAGGUAAAAAGCAGGUGCCUUUGAACCCAGACAGCAGCCAAUCCAAACCAGGCAACUGCCCUUCCCUAGCAGUCCCUAGCAAUGAGUUUGAGCCUAGCAACAGCCAUAUGGUAAAAUCCUAUUCAUUGCUGUUCAGAGUGACCCGUCCAGGCAGGAGGGAGGUGAAUGGAUUGACCAAUGGAGAAAUUAAUGAAAAUAUUGAAGUAACAGAUGAGCUUCCUAGUAGGCGAAAGCGAAAUUCGUCUCACAAAGAUGAUGGGGAGAAAACCUUUGUAGCUCAGAUGACCGUCUUUGAUAAGAAUAGGCGGCUGCAGCUCCUCGAUGGGGAGUAUGAAGUAGCCAUGCAGGAAAUGGACGAAUGCCCUGUCAGCAAGAAAAGAGCAACGUGGGAAACCAUUCUGGAUGGGAAGCGGUUACCUCCUUUUGAAACCUUUUCUCAGGGUCCUACACUCCAGUUCACCCUUCGAUGGACGGGAGAUGCUGCGGACAGAUCCACAGCACCAGUUGCUAAGCCUCUUGCAACUCGCAAUACAGAUACCACAGCUGCAGAGACCAAGCUCAACUCGGUGAAACCAGCACAGACCCUUGCUGUAAAAGAUUCUCUGACAACUGAACUUCAAACUAAAAAAGAGCAAGUUUCAGUGGAGCCACGACAGAAAUUAAGGAUAUUUUAUCAGUUUCUUUACAACAACAAUACACGCCAGCAAACUGAAGCCAGAGAUGACUUGCACUGUCCUUGGUGCACGUUGAACUGUCGGAAGCUGUACAGUCUGCUUAAACACCUCAAGCUUUGCCAUAGCAGAUUCAUCUUCAAUUACGUGCCUCAUCCUAAAGGUGCUAGGAUAGACGUAUCCAUCAAUGAGUGUUAUGACGGUUCGUAUGCAGGAAAUCCUCAGGAUAUUCACUCCCAGCCUGGGUUUGCCUUUAGCCGCAAUGGUCCUGUGAAAAGGACGCCAGUGACUCACAUCUUAGUCUGCAGGCCGAAACGCACUAAACCCAGUCUCUCUGAGUUCUUGGAGUCUGAAGAUGGGGAAGUGGAGCAACAGCGGACCUACAUUAGUGGCCACAAUCGCCUUUAUUUCCACAGUGACACUUGUCUCCCCCUCAGACCACAGGAGAUGGAUGUGGACAGUGAGGAUGAAAAGGACCCUGAGUGGCUGAGAGAGAAGACCAUUACACAAAUCGAUGAGUUCACUGAUGUUAAUGAAGGAGAGAAAGAAGUAAUGAAACUGUGGAACCUGCACGUUAUGAAGCACGGGUUCAUUGCUGACAAUCAGAUGCAUCAAUCCUGCCUGCUCUUCGUAGAGACUUGCGGACCAAGAAUAGUUGAGAAAAACCUCUGUCGGAACUUUCUGCUUCAUUUAGUUAGCAUGCACGACUUCAACUUAAUUAAUUUAAACACCAUAGAUAAAGUAAUGGCCAGGCUCAGUGAGCUGCAACAGAAGCUGCAAAGAGAUUAUUCUGCUUUAAAACUGAGACAGGAGCCCACGGACGAGAGUCGGCCAAACAGCGAAGACAGUGGUACAGGCACGAGAGACAGAAAUUCAAGCACUGACAGUCUCUCCUCAGGAGUCACCAAACAGAGCAAAAGGCACAAGCUCUGAAACUAAAUCAUUCGCCCCGUCUUUUCUCCCUCCCCCUUUUUUUGCCCCACAUGUCAUCCUGCCCCUUUCCCUACCUGGACACAGUGGAUAGUCACUGAGGAGAGAAGGGGCAAAACAAGAUUGUUCCAUAAACGUUGAAAUCUACCGAAACUCCAAGUGGACACUGGGUUAAUCAGUAACAGUGAAACAAGACAACAGUGUUGUAUUAAGAUUCUUUAUUCUUGUAAAUGUUGGUGUUGAAUUAAUUUAGUGGAUGGAGUACAAUUUAAAAAAGACAUUGCAUUUACCACAGUAAACUGAACAAGCACAGUUCAGCUAGCUGCAAAUGUUUUUUUGUGCGAAAUCAUUCUUUCUUGAAGACUUAUUUUGGCUACAAAACCAAAUCUUUCUCUCAACAUCCACAUUGGCAGUUUAAAAAAAAUAUAUUGUUUUAAAAUCUUUCUGAAAAGUUUUGUCAAAGAAACCUCAAAAGGAUAGGGUUUCACUUUACAUUCUCCAUUUUUGAAAAAAGCAUGUACUUUAGAUGAAGUAUGCUAUAUAAAACCAUGAGUGUAACAAAACCUUCUGUUUUUUAAAAAAAAGUGCAAUUUAAAUAGUG